UUGAUAAGAGAGACUUUAAACAAGGGAGUAGCAGAACCUCAUCGAGACAAGGACGUGUCGGAAUCAAAGGGCACUAAUAGUAUUUCACAAGAUUUCAGAUGUAUCAUAAGUAAACAGAUGGUCGGAAUCUUGAUCACCGUUUGGGUCCGAGGUGAUCUCUGGCCAUAUAUCCGGCAUCCUAGCGUUUCAUGCGUUGGAUGCGGCAUCAUGGGUUGCUUAGGAAACAAGGGAUCGGUAUCGGUUAGGUUUCAGUUGCACGAAACGACCUUCUGUUUUGUUUGCUGCCAUCUAGCUUCCGGUGGCCGGGACCGAGAUGAAAGGCAGAGAAACUCCGAUGUUAAUGAGAUCUUAGCGAGAUCGAGUUUUCCUCGAGGCUCGUCUUUAGAUUUACCUAAAAAGAUUCUUGAUCACGAUCGAGUAAUUUUUCUGGGAGACUUGAAUUAUAGAAUUUCACUACCCGAGGAGAAGACAAGAUUAUUGGUGAAAAGCCAAGAAUGGAACAUCUUACUAGAAAAUGAUCAGCUAAGCAUGGAGAUCUUGAACGGCCAGAUUUUCAGAGGAUGGCAAGAAGGAAUUGUCAUGUUUGCUCCAACUUAUAAAUAUAUUCCAAAUUCGGAUUUAUAUUAUGGAUGCAUUACAUACCAAAAAGACGAGAAGAAACGAGCUCCUGCAUGGUGUGAUCGUAUAAUAUGGUACGGAAGUGGACUGAAGCAACAUGAAUAUGCAAGAGGAGAAACGAAGAUAUCUGAUCACAGACCUGUCAAAGCAAUAUUCACCGCAGAAGUUACUGUUAUACGGCGUGGUAAAAAGAUUCGUAAUUUAUUUUUCUCGGACAGAUUUGAAGAAACAAUUGACGUAGAUGCUAAAGACUUCUCGUGGAUAUCUACGUAGUUUUAUUAACCGGGGGGUGAGUGUUCAUGUAUAUAAUACACCCAACUAUAGUUAUAAGCUUAUUCAUAUAAUAGAGUCUUUGUUUUAUACAAUUUUGUUCUAAGCAUCUUGUAAUAAAAGAAUCUAUAAUAGAGGUUUUGUGAAAUAUUGAUUAAAUAUGCAAUC